ACAGAGUGUCAUUCAUUUAUAGAGCUCGGACUACUCCCUGUUCUCUUUCUUCCGAUUCUGACACACCCAUCUCCGCAAUUUGGCAAAAAUUUCAUCUUUUCUGCUUUUUUUUUCUCUCUGCACUUUGACUUUUGACCAUUUAAGUCUUUUGUUCAAGGUUGUUGUCGGUGAUGCAAUAGUCGUUGGUUUUGUGGUGAGAAAGAAGGUGUGUUGGGGGCUAAAUUUAUUUUGUUGUGAUGGCACACAACUUAACGGGGCAGCUUGUGGGUGCAGAGAUACAUGGCUUUCACACCUUGGAGGAUUUGGACGUUAGUAAUACUAUGGAGGAAGCAAAAAGCAGAUGGCUUCGUCCCAAUGAGAUUCAUGCCAUACUCUAUAAUCACAAAUAUUUCAAGAUCCAUGCCAAGCCGGUGAAUUUGCCCGAAAGUGGUACUAUUGUACUAUUUGACCGCAAGAUGCUUAGGAAUUUCAGAAAAGAUGGGCACAAUUGGAAAAAGAAAAGUGAUGGGAAAACUGUUAAAGAAGCCCAUGAACACUUGAAAGUUGGCAAUGAAGAAAGGAUCCACGUAUAUUAUGCACAUGGCCAAGAUAAACCAACCUUUGUUCGUAGAUGUUAUUGGUUGCUUGAUAAGAGUCUGGAGCACAUAGUCCUUGUUCAUUAUCGUGAAACACAAGAGUUGCAAUUGCAAGGUUCUCCUGUUACACCUGUAAAUUCAAAUUCAAGUUCUGCCUCUGAUCCAGCUGCUUCUUGGAUUCCAUCAGAAGACUUAGAUUCUGGGACAAAAACUGCUUAUGCCAUUGAGCUUAAUGGCAAUUCAACAGUCAAAAGUCAUGAGCAGAAGCUUCAUGAGAUUAAUACACUUGAAUGGGAUGACCUAGUGGUUUCAAAUGUUAGCACUUCUACUACAUCUAAUGAAGGCAAUAUUCCAUCUUCAUAUCAACAAAAUCAAAAUUUACUGAAUGGAAGCUUUGGCAAUGUAUCCAGUAAUACUUCAGCCGGAAUUCCUUCUUUUGCACCAUGUUCUAUAGAUGAGUCAGCUCUCGAAGCACCAAUUUCUUCAUCUGUUCAUGAACCAUAUUUGUCACUGGAGGCUGAUAAUCAGCAACAUGCUCUGCCAGAACAAGUAUUUAAUCUCACUGAGGUGUCCCCUGCAUGGGCAUCUUCCACAGAGAAAACAAAGAUCUUGGUGACUGGAUAUUUUCAUAAUAACUAUCAACACCUUGCAAAGUCCAACCUACUGUGUGUCUGUGGUGAUGUAAGUGUUCCUGUAGAAAUUGUUCAGAUUGGAGUUUACCGGUGCUGGGUAUCACCACAUUCUCCUGGAUUGGUGAAUCUCUAUUUGAGCUUCGAUGGCCAUAAGCCUAUUAGCCAAGUUGUUAAUUUUGAGUAUCGUACUCCUAUUUUGCAUGAUCCAACUGCUGCAAUGGAAGACAAAUACAACUGGAAUAAGUUUCGACUUCAGAUAAGGCUUGCUUAUUUGCUCUUUGCUACAGAUAAAAGCCUUAACAUUUUCUCAAGUAAAGUAUCACCUAAUGCAUUGAAACAGGCUAGAAGUUUUUCCUCCAAAACAUCUUUUAUCUCCAAAAGUUGGCAAUAUUUUAUUAAGUCAAUUGAUGACCAAACAAUUCCAUUUUCACAAGUAAAAGAUGCCUUGUUUGAGGUUGCGUUGAAAAACAAAUUAAAGGAAUGGCUUUUGGAACGAAUUGUCCUAGGCUACAAGACUUCUGAAUAUGAUGCGCAAGGCCAAGGUGUAAUUCAUUUGUGCGCAAUGCUGGGAUAUAAUUGGGCAAUUUCGUUAUUUAGUUGGUCAGGCUUGUCACUGGAUUUCCGCGACAAAUUUGGAUGGACAGCUCUUCAUUGGGCAGCAUAUUAUGGAAUGGAGAAAAUGGUUGCAACCCUGUUGUCUUCCGGGGCAAAGCCAAACUUGGUCACAGAUCCAACUCCACAAAAUCCUGGUGGAUGUACUGCUGCUGAUCUUGCUUAUAUGAAGGGGUGUGAUGGCUUGGCAGCUUACCUUUCUGAAAAGUCUCUGGUUGAGCAGUUCAAUGACAUGAGCUUAGCUGGAAAUAUGAGUGGCUCACUGGAAACUAGAUCAACUGAUCCAGUGAAUUCUGAGAACCUUUCUGAGGACCAACUCUACCUAAAGGACACGUUGGAAGCUUAUCGUACAGCUGCUGAGGCAGCAGCGCGCAUUCAAGCAGCAUUUAGGGAGCAUUCGUUAAAAUUACGAUUUCAGGCAGUUGAAUCUAUCAGCCCAGAGGAUGAAGCACGUCAAAUAGUAGCAGCAAUGAGGAUCCAACAUGGCUAUCGCAACUACAAGUCAAAGAAAAAGAUGGCAGCCGCUUCUCAGAUUCAGCUUAGAUUCCGUACAUGGAAGCACAGUAGAGAAUUUCUCAACAUGCGGCGUCAGGCUAUUAAAAUUCAAGCUGCUUUCAGGGGCUUUCAAGCGCGGAAACAAUACCAUAAAAUCAUAUGGUCUGUUGGGGUGCUAGAGAAAGCAAUCCUGCGAUGGCGUUUAAAGAGAAAAGGUUUCCGCGGUCUCCAGGUUAAUGCUGCCGAGGAGGAGUUGCAGGAAAGUGAUGUGGAGGAGGAGUUCUUCCGGACUGGCCGGAAACAAGCCGAAGAACGUGUUGAGAGGUCUGUCAUACGCGUGCAGGCCAUGUUCCGUUCUAAGAAAGCACAGGAAGAAUACAGAAGGAUGAAGCUGGCACAUGAUCAAGCAAAGCUGGAAUUGGAAUUAGAAGAAUUCCUCAAUGCUGAAGAUGACAUGUUAUCCAAUACAUAGCUUGGUCUCUUCCAAAAACAAGGUGUGUUUCCCAUAACUGGGAGGUAGCCAACUAGUGUAACAAACUAGUGAUAGCUUGGUGUCUUCUUUUGUAUAGCACUUAGAUCCUGUAAAUUCCCUAGUGUAGAUCUGUACCCGUGACCCUUUCAUAUUGCUUAAGUACCUUGAAUGGGUCGUUUAUGUGUAAUUAUUAAUUAAGCUCUCUAUGGUGGAUGCUUAUGAUGCAAGACCAAGUUUGUAACUUAGUAACAAGCAUUCUUAUUUGAACAAACGUAAUUGUUGUCAGAACUCUUCUAUGUAAUAUUUACGAGUUCACUAUCUGAUGAUUGAUGUAUA